AUGCUGUCCGCCGCCCAGCUCCUCGACGAGUUAAUGGGCCGAGAUAGAAACUUGGCCCCCGAUGAGAAGCGCUGUAACGUCCGCUGGGACGACGAGACUGUCUGCAAGUAUUAUCUCUGUGGCUUUUGUCCAGCUGAGUUGUUCACUAACACGCGCUCUGACUUGGGUCCUUGUGAAAAGAUUCAUGAUGAAAAUCUCAGAAAAAUGUAUGAGAAAAGCUCCCGUUUCAUGAAGGAAGGGUAUGAGAGGGACUUCCUGAGGUACCUUCAGAGUCUUCUGGCUGAGGUGGAGCGCAGGAUCAGGAGAGGCCAUGCCAGACUGGCGCUGUCACAGGCCCAGCAGAACUCUGGAGGACCUGGCCCAUCUGGGAAGAAUGAGGAAAAGGCCCAGGUGCUCACAAAGAAGAUUGAAGAACUUGUCGUCCAGAUUGAAGAACUGGGCUCAGAAGGCCGUGUAGAGGAAGCACAAGGCAUGAUGAAGCUGGUGGAGCAGCUAAAGGAAGAGAGGGAGCAGCUCAGCUCAACACCUUCUACAAUUGAGAGCUUUGCUGCUCAGGAGAAGCAGAUGGAGGUUUGUGAAGUGUGUGGUGCUUUCCUCAUCGUUGGCGACGCUCAGUCCAGAGUGGAUGACCAUCUAAUGGGCAAGCAGCAUAUGGGCUAUGCUAAAAUCAAAUCAACUGUGGAGGAGCUCAAGGAGAAACUUCGUCGGCGCUCAGAGGACCCAGAAAAAGAGGACCGGAAUAAGAGGGAGAGAGAGAGGGAAGACAGGGAGCGCGAGAGAGAAGAGCGAGAGAAGAGGCGCAAGGAGGAGGAAGAGCAGCGAGAAAAGGAGCGGGAGAGAGAGAGGGAAAAGGAGCGGGAGAAAGAGAGAGAGCGAGAGCGUGAACGGGAACGUGACCGGGACAGAGAGCGGGAGCGAGAGAGACGCAGCAGACGAAGCCACUCCCACAGCCGCCACUCCAGCAGGGCAUCAGAUCGUCGCAGGAGCCGCUCACGGGACAGGAGGAGAAGCAGAAGCAAGGAACGGGAGAGGAAGCGUAGCAGGAGCCGUGACCGGGAGAGGAGGCGUAGCAGGGAGCGCUCGGACAGGAAGAGGCGUUCCCGCAGCAGAGAGAGGAGGAGGUCCCGGAGCUCGGAGCGCAAGAGCCAUCGACACCGCAGCCGUAGUCGCGACAGGGAUAGAGACAAAGAGAAGGAUAGAUCUGCCAGAGACAAAGAGCACAAGGACUCAGAAGAGAAGAAAAGUAGUGGGAAGGGCUCAGGCGACGAGCGGCCCAGUGAGCCCCUGAAGCCCGAGCCCAUGGAGGUACAGCCUCCCAAAACAGAGGUGAACGGCACCACUGAAGACCUCCAUUCUGAAGGUGACACUCAGUCCAAUUAAAACUGAUCUGAUAGGACCUCAGAUCAGCUCCAGGGGGCGCUGGGACAGCUGAGUGAGGAAGACCCGAAGACCUCCUAUCUUCAACAUGUCAACUCCGCUGCUUAAAACAAGGUGAACCACAGAUGUAGUGGCCUAAAUAAGAUAAAAGGAAUAAAUGUAAAAUGGUUCUGUUGCCCUUUUCCAGCAGUAUCACAGGACCUUGUUUUUACCAUGUUUCUGUUCCUUCGUACUUAACUGUUAUGAGCUUAUAAGCCUUUAAGUACAUGAAGGUCCGUUCUUACUUCUGUUAGUAUGCAUUUAAUAAAAAGUACCUGUGACAUGUUUGCUUUGUGCAGUUGGGUCUCACUUCACAUUUUAGAAUUGGAAAAGCAGUUUUGGAGUAUAAUGUACAGUGUUUGGACUCAGGCCCUGAUUGGGCUGUCUCUCGCUUAGCUUUCAUAAUUUUUCCCCUCUCUGUAAGCUAUAUCCCAAAUGUUUGAUCACUUUUAGUUUAGAAAAGUGGAUUUUCAUUUUGUUCAUAUUUUUAAAAUCCUGUAUUUUGUCUUGAAUAAAAAGUCAAAAUGAA